CCACAAACAACCUUCAUUCUCUUCGAGCCACACUCCCUCUUGCUUGCCUUCAUGCGCUCCGACUUACUCGUUCCCAUUCCUCCUUUCUUCCCUUUUCUUUCCCCUUACUUACUUCCGUUGCGCGCUCACCAUCCGUCCUCCUUCCUCUUCCUCCUCCUUACCUUAAUCCUAGGGUCCUCUUCAUUGUUGGGGGUCCUCAGAGAACCUCCAAGGGAUGACGAUGCUGUUGCGGUGAAGCUUAUGAGGUGUGUUGUGAUUGAGUGCUGCAAGCCGGUUUUUGCCUUGACUGUUUCCUCUAGGCGGUUGAUUUUGGGCGAGGCAAAUGUGGUUAGGAUUAUAAAUUUGAGGGGUCUGGGGAAAGGGAACUUGAGAAUAGUUAAACAAUGGGUUUCAAAGGAGAAAUUACUUCAUUUGCCGAAUUCUGUGAUUCGGGAUGGCGAUGGCUUUGGUGGAUCAAUUUCAGAUUGCUGACAUUAGUUGUUCGGAUGGGAAGAUUGAAAUGCAUAAUAUUUCUGGUGAGUUUUAGGAAGCUUGUAUACAGAUGCAAUUUCUUGAAGUUUGGCAACAUCAUUUUUCCUGUGGUGGCCAGCUUUAUUGUGAUUCUUCCCUAUGUGAUAUUUCCUGAUUCCUUUACUGAUCUUAGUUAUGCUUUUGGAGGACACAAUGCUGAGAGCCCUGUUAUGUUUUGCUACCUUGGGUGUGUACCUGACCAGUGUUCUAAUAAAAGUAAGUCUGUUUGAAUAAUUUAAUAAAUCUGUUAUGUAUUGAUUUGUAAUGUGCUGAUACAUGGAGCUCCUCAUAUUCCGGAUUUCAGUUGGCCAUUUUCAAGUGCUGCAGUUGUCUUAUGUAUCUAAUGGUGCUUACAACCUUUGAGGUCACUGGGUCUUAAAGGGGAAUCACAAGAACAGUCAAAUGCCAGUCAAAUGGAGUUCUGAAUUUUGAAGAUGGAAUCUGUGGAAGAACUUGAAAGCAACAGAUGCUGUGCAGCUGCUUCCAGGGGCCCAAAGACAGAUUUGUAGCAGCUGUAUAAUACGGUUGUUUGUUGCCUUCUACCUGUGAUCGCUGUGCAGCUCAAAAGGAAUCUCAGUUUGUCAGCCAGAGGACUAAGCCAGCAGCAGUCAAUGGUCAUGGACUCGUGGUAGUGUGAGAGAGCUUGAGUUGAUACUCUGUUGCCACCUAGCACUUGAUUUUUAUGAAAUUCCAAGAAUUCAAACAAGUUUUUAUAGGUAUAGACCUUUAAAAUUAAAAUGGGGUGGUCCAA